AUAUACACUCGUGUAACAACGCAGUCUGGAAACAAUUUUAAAGUCCUCGACUGAUUAUGCUUCUAUAGCAACAAAAGCAAAUUGAUUUUUAGUAUUGCACUGUGCCAAAAUGGAACCGCAAGAUAUCUAUUACAACAGGAACGAAUACGUCGAGACUGCAUCAGGAAAUAAAGUUAGCAGACAAACUGUCUUGUGUGGCUCACAAAAUAUUGUCCUGCAUGGCAAAGUUAUAGUACAGUCCGAUGCGAUUAUCAGAGGAGACCUUGCCAAUGUAAAGACUGGCCGCUACUGCAUUAUUGGGAAGAAUGUUGUCAUUCGACCUCCUUUCAAGAGGUUUAGCAGAGGAAUUGCAUUCUUCCCUUUGCAAAUGGGGGACCAUGUUUUUGUAGGAGAACGUGCUAUUGUCAGUGCAGCUGUGGUAGGCUCCUACGUUUAUAUAGGAAAAAAUGCUGUCAUCGGUCGGAGGAGCAUACUAAAGAGCUGUUGUUACAUUGAAGAUGGCGCAGUCAUUCCUCCAGAAACUGUUGUGCCUUCCUUCACAAGAUUUGCUGGUAAUCCAGCCAAAUGCGUUGAAGAUCUACCAGAAUGCACUUUAGACUUGAUGCUAGAUUUCACAAAGAAUUACUAUCAGCAUUUCUUACCAGCCAAAAUACCUUGAAUGGCUACUGCACAGCAGCUUUCUAAGUGUGUUUUAAGUAUUAAUUAAGUAUUAAUAUAAGUGAUUGCAUGAAAAACAGUGAUAAUUAUGACAGUAACUUGUUAUAAAUUAUCACUUUUACUAAGGUUGAUGCUUAAUGAACUUAUGAUUUAAUGUACAUACAACAUUCAUUUAUAUAAUUAGAUUUCACCCGAAAAUAAUUUACUGCCAAUUAUUUAUCAGGGCCUCCAAAUAGUCAAACAUCAAAGGCUUUGUACAUUUUGACGUAAAAAACCACUGAUUUUUAUAUAAUUAACUCUUCUUUGAUCUAUAAAGUCGAUAUUUUUUACAACUGAAAAAAUAAAACUAAACCUCUCAUUUA